GCGCCUUCAGGCCCUGCGCCGGGUCCCGUCGUCGCUGUUCGAGUGUGCUGAGCUCUGUCCAGGGCGGAGGACGGAGCAGGCUGGUGGCACCUGCCAGGGGUGGGCUGGUCCUCCGUCUGUCUCCGAACCCACCUUGGGGAUUUCUACUCACGGACAUUUCUGCACACCUUCAGGGAUGCAUCUGGAGGGCUGGAGGGGGCCUGGAGCCCCAGCGGCUGUGGCUGGGGCGGAACUUUGAGAGUGGUGCUGUUGUACGCUUUUCUGGGGACCAGUAUGGGUGCAGUAGCCCCUGAGAGGCCUAAGGGUGAUCCGUGAGGACUCACGCGUAAAGCAGAGCGGGCGGAGCCGAGCCAUGCCGCCCUUGGUGCUGGAGCGCCGUCCUGGGCUGCAGCCCGGUGUCUCGCUGCUGGUGCGGUACUUCAUGAUCCCCUGCAACGCCUGCCUCAUCCUGCUGGCCACCUCCACGCUGGGCUUUGCUGUGCUGCUCUUCCUCAGCAACUACAAACUUGGGACCCACUUCACAUCAGCCCCUCUGAUGCCUCCUGAUGUGUGCAAGGGAAUGCUCUGUGGCUUUGGUGCCAUAUGCGAGCCCAGCACAGAAGAUCCAGGCCAGGCCUCCUGUGUGUGCAAGAAGAGCACCUGCCCAGCUGUGGUGGCACCUGUGUGCGGUUCGGAUGCUUCCACCUACAGUAAUGAGUGUGAGUUGCAGCGUGCACAAUGUGUCCUGCAACGGCGCAUCCGCCUGCUCCGCCGUGGGCCCUGUGGGUCCAGGGACCCCUGCGCCAACGUGACCUGCAGCUUUGGCAGCACCUGUGCACGCUUGGCUGAUGGGCAGACUGCCACAUGCCUGUGCCCAGUGACCUGCCAUGGGGCCCCAGAAGGUACUGUGUGUGGCAGUGAUGGCACCGACUACCCUAAUGAGUGCCAGCUUCUGCGCCAUGCCUGUGCACGCCAGGAAAACAUCUCCAAGAAGUUCGACGGCCCCUGUGACCCCUGCCAAGGAGCCCUUGCUGACUUGAGCCGCAUCUGUCGUGUGAACCCACGCACACGGCGCCCGGAGAUGCUUCUACGGCCAGACAGCUGCCCUCCCCGGCACUCACUUGUGUGCGGGGAUGAUGGAAUCACUUACGAAAAUGACUGCAUCAUGGGCCGCACUGGGGUCGUCCGGGGCCUGCUCCUCCAGAAAGUGCGUUCUGGCCAGUGUCAGCCUCAAGAUCAGUGCCCUGAGCCUUGCCAGUUCAAUGCUGUGUGCCUGUCUCGCCGUGGCCGUCCCUACUGCUCCUGUGACCGUGUCACCUGUGAUGGGGCCUACAGGCCCGUGUGCGCCCAGGAUGGGCACACAUAUGACAAUGACUGUUGGCGCCAGCAGGCCGAGUGUCGGCAGCAACGUGCCAUACCCCCCAAGCACCAGGGCCUGUGUGCCCAGGCCCCAUCUCCAUGCCACGAGGUUCGGUGUGCGUUCGGGGCAACAUGUGCAGUAAAGAAUGGGCAGGCUGCAUGUGAAUGCCAGCAGGUGUGCACAGGUGUCUACGACCCCGUGUGCGGCAGUGAUGGUGUCACGUAUGGCAGCGUGUGCGAGCUGGAGGCCAUGGCCUGUGCCCUGGGGCAGGAGAUCCAGGUGGCCCGCCGAGGACCUUGUGACCAGUGUGGGCUGUGCCAUUUUGGAGCCCUCUGUGAGGCUGAGACUGGGCGCUGUGUAUGCCCCUCUGAGUGCGUGGCAUCAGCCCAGCCUGUAUGUGGUUCUGACGGGCACACGUAUGCCAACGAGUGUGAGCUGCAUGUCCAUGCCUGUACACAGCAGAUCAGCCUGCAAGUGGUCUCGGCCGGACCCUGCCAGACCUGUGGGGACACAGUGUGUGCCUUUGGAGCAGUGUGCUCAGCAGGGCAAUGUGUAUGUCCUCGGUGUGAGCACCCCCCACCGGGCCCUGUGUGUGGCAGUGACGGCAUCACCUACCCUAGUGCAUGUGACCUGCGGGAAGCUGCCUGCCGGCAGCAGAUGCAAAUUGAGGAGACCCGGGCCGGGCCCUGUGAGCAAGCCGAAUGUGGCUCAGGAGGCUCUGGCUCUGGGGAGGAUGGUGAUUGUGAGCGGGACCUAUGCCAGCAGCGUGGCGGCGUCUGGGAUGAGGAUUCAGAAGAUGGGCUUUGUGUCUGUGACUUCAGCUGCCAGAGUGUCCUAAGGAGCCCGGUGUGUGGCUCAGAUGGGGUUACCUAUGAUACUGAGUGUGACCUGAAGAAGGCCAGGUGCGAGUCUCAGCGAGAACUGUACGUCGCAGCUCAGGGAGCCUGCCGCAGUCCCACAUUGGCCCCACUGCUGCCUGUGGUUCUCCCACACUGUGCCCAGACCCCCUAUGGCUGCUGCCAGGACAAUGUCACCACUGCCCAGGGUGUGGGCCUGGCUGGCUGCCCUAGCAUCUGCCAGUGCAACCCACAUGGCUCGUAUGGUGGCACCUGUGACCCAGCCACAGGCCAAUGCUCCUGCCGACCAGGUGUGGGGGGCCUCAAGUGCGAUCGCUGUGAGCCUGGCUUCUGGAACUUCCGUGGCAUCGUCACUGACAACCUGAGUGGUUGCACUCCCUGCAGCUGUGACCCCCGGGGUGCCGUGCGGGAUGACUGUGAGCAGAUGACUGGACUGUGCUCCUGUAAGCCAGGCGUGGCUGGGCCCAAGUGUGGGCAGUGUCCAGAUGGCCAAGCCCUGGGCCCUGCUGGUUGUGAAGCAGGCUCCUUGGUGCCCAAGACCUGUGUGGAGGUACACUGUGAGUUUGGAGCCUCCUGUGUGGAGGGAGCUGGUUCUGCCCACUGUGUCUGCCCAGCCCUCACGUGCCCAGAGGCCAAUGCCACCAAGGUCUGUGGGUCAGAUGGCGUCACAUAUGGCAACGAGUGCCAGUUGAAGACCAUCGCCUGCCGCCAGGGCCUGGUCAUCUUCACCCAGAGUCUUGGCCCAUGCCAAGAUGCUGGUGCUUUCGGCACACACCCAACAUCUGCAUCUGUGACCACCCUGAAGCGUGUCCUGAGUGAGGCGUUGCCAUCCCUCCCCAGCGCCCUUCCCUUGGCACCCAGCAGCGUCCCCCAUGGCCAGCCCACCGCUUCGCCCACAUCACGACCUCGGACCACAUCCAGCAUCCCCAGGCCCACUGUACAGCCUGUGCUAACCAUACCCCCCACAGCAGCCUCCAUUGGCACCAGCCUUGCCUCAUCGGCCUUUGGUGAAUCCGGCAGCACUGAUGGCAGCGGUGACGAUGAGCUCAGUGGAGACCAGGAGGCCAGUGGGGGAGGCUCUGGGGGACUUGAGUUUCCCUCGGGGAUCAGCGUGGUGACUCCUGGGCCACCCAUGGAGAGGGCUUCCUGCUACAACUCCCCCUUGGGCUGCUGUUCAGAUGGCAAGACACCCUCGCUGGACACAGAGGGCUCCAACUGCCCUGCCACCAAGGCGUUCCAGGGCAUACUGGAGCUGGAGGGGGUCGAGGGGCAAGAGCUGUUCUACACACCCGAGAUGUCUGACCCCAAGUCAGAGCUGUUUGGGGAGACUGCCCGGAGUAUUGAGAGCUCGCUGGAUGACCUGUUCCGAAACUCCGAUGUCAAAAAGGACUUCCGGAGUGUCCGCCUGAGGGACCUGGGGCCUGGCAGAUUGGUCCGAGCUAUUGUGGAUGUGCACUUUGACCCCACCACAGCCUUCAGGGCUCCAGACGUGGGCCGGGCCCUCCUCAGGCAGAUCCAGGCAUCCCGGCGGAGGGGUUUGGUGGUGAGGAGACCUCUGCAGGAACAUGUGCGAUUCAUGGACUUUGACUGGUUUCCAGCCUUCUUGACAGGAGCUGCCACGGGAGCUACAGCUGUGGUGGCCACAGCCAGAGCCACCACUUCGGGCCAACUGCCCUUCUCUGCUGUGACCCCUCGGGCCUACCCCAGUCACACCAGCCAACCUAUAGGCAGGACCACAGCAACCCCCACCACACACCGGCUGCCCACCACGGCCCCCAGUCGCACGGCAGGACACCGGCCCCUGCCUCCAGGCCUCCAGCAGCCCCCAAGGCCGUGUGCCUCCCAGCCCUGCCUCCACGGAGGCACUUGCCAGGACCAGGACUCUGGCCAAGGCUUCAGUUGCAGCUGCCCAGCGGGCAAGGGUGGCACCAUCUGCGAGGAGGUGCUGCGCCCCUCUGUGCCUGCCUUCUGGGGCCACUCCUUCCUGGCUUUCCCCACCCUCCGUGCCUACCAUACCCUGCGCCUGGCCCUGGAAUUCCGGACUCUAGAGCCACAGGGGCUUCUGCUCUACAAUGGAAACAACCACGGCAAAGAUUUCCUGGCACUGACUUUGAGGAAUAGACGGGUGCAGCUCAGGUUUGACACAGGUUCUGGGCCAGCAGUGCUGACCAGUUCCAUGCCUGUAGAACUGGGCCGGUGGCACCGCCUAGAACUAUCAAGGCACUGGCGCCAAGGCACACUCUCCGUGGAUGGUGAGAGCCCUGUUGUUGGCGAGAGUCCCAGUGGCACAGAUGGCCUUAACCUGGACACAGACCUUUUUGUGGGUGGCGUCCCAGAGGACCAGGCUGCUGUGGUGCUUGAGCAGACCUCUGUUGGGGUUGGUCUGAGGGGCUGCAUUCGCCUACUGGACAUCAACAACCAGCAGCUGGAGCUGGGCAGCUGGCAGAGAGCUGCAGCCCAAAGCUCUGGUAUAGGCGAGUGUGGAGAUGACCCCUGCGUGCCCAACCCCUGCAGUGGUGGAGUAUCGUGCCAAGCACUCGAGGCUGGCAUGUUCCACUGUCAGUGCCCACCAGGCCACUUUGGUCUGACCUGUGCCAGCAAGAAGAACCCCUGCCAGCCAAACCCCUGCCAUGGAGCAGCCCCAUGCCGUGUACUGCCUGAGGGGGGUGCCAAGUGCGAGUGCCCCCUUGGGCGUGAGGGAGCCCUCUGCCAGACAGUUUCAGAGCGGGACCAUGGCUCCCAGCCCUUCCUGGCUGAUUUCAGUGGCUUCUCCUACCUGGAACUGAAAGGCUUGCACACCUUUGGACGAGACCUGGGGGAGAAGAUGGAGCUGGAGAUUGUAUUCCUGACCCGUGGCCCCAGUGGCUUGCUCCUCUACAAUGGGCAGAAGACGGAUGGCAGGGGGGACUUUGUGUCACUGGCCUUACGUGACUGGCACCUAGAAUUCCGUUAUGACCUGGGCAAGGGGGCUGCAGUCAUCAGGAGUAAGGAGCCUGUGGCCCUGGGCAUCUGGAAAAAAGUCUCACUGGAGCGAAAUGGCCGCAAGGGUGCGCUGCGUGUGGGCAAUGGGCCCCGGGUGCUAGGGGAGUCCCCGAAAUCCCGCAAGGUGCCACACACCGUACUCAACCUGAAGGAGCCGCUUUAUGUCGGGGGUGUCCCUGACUUCAGCAAGUUGGCUCGGGCAGCUGCAGUGUCCUCUGGCUUCGAUGGUGCCAUCCAGCUGAUCUCCCUGGGAGGCCGCCAGCUGCUUACCCAGGAUCAUGUGCUGCAGGCAGUGGGUAUCUCAUCCUUUGCUGACCACCCUUGCACCAAAGCCUUGGGCCACCCCUGUCUCAAUGGAGCCUCAUGUCUCCCACGGGAAGCCGCCUAUGAGUGCCUGUGUCCCCCAGGCUUCUCAGGGCUGCACUGUGAGAAAGGGCUGGUUGAGAAGUCGGCGAGAGACCUAGAGACGCUGGCCUUUGAUGGGCAGACCUACAUCGAGUACCUGAACGCUGUGAGGGAGAGCGAACUGGCCAAUGAGAUCCCAGUCCCGGAAACUCCAGAUUCCGGGGCCCUUCACAGCGAGAAGGCGCUGCAGAGCAACCACUUUGAACUGAGCUUGCGCACUGAGGCCACUCAAGGGCUGGUGCUGUGGAGUGGCAAAGCCACAGAGCGCACAGACUAUGUGGCUCUGGCCAUUGUGGAUGGGCGCCUGCAGCUGAGCUAUGACUUGGGCUCCCAACCCGUGGUGCUGCGCUCCACUGUGAAGGUCAACACCAAUCACUGGCUUCGGGUCAGAGCUCACAGGGAGCAGAGGGAAGGAUCCCUUCAGGUGGGCAACGAAGCCCCUGUGACUGGCUCCUCCCCGCUGGGCGCCACACAGCUGGACACAGAUGGAGCUUUGUGGCUCGGGGGCCUCCAGAACCUGCCCAUGGGCCAGGUCCUGCCCAAGGCCUAUAGCACAGGCUUUGUGGGCUGCCUGCGGGACGUGGUGGUGAGUGGGCGCCCGCUGCACCUGCUGGAAGAUGCAGUCACCAGGCCAGAGCUGCGGCCCUGCCCCAGCCCCUGACCAGCACCCAAGCCCCCACCCACCCUACUGCAGCCGUGUUGCAGACACCUGGUGCCCAGGGACCCGCAGCGGCCAUAUGGCAGCCUCAGGACUUGCCCCUCUGCCUCAGGGUGGCAUGCCCCAGCCCUUUGCGCUGUGUGUCCCUAGCGUGUCCGCCUGUCAGUCCCUUGUGUCCCUGACCCCAUUGGCAGACCCCACUCCCAAUGUCACCAUGUUUUGUUGGAUGAGGUCCAUGUCCCAGAGCAGGGGAGCUGCUGGGUUUGAUGGGGCCUUCAUGUAAGCAAGCCCCUGGGCCUCCUGGUUCCCACUUACACUCUUGCCUGUGUAUGCAGUGGGUGAGCCUCAUCUGGCCUAGCCUGGAGCCUAGGGCCCUCUGUGCCAGUACUGUAACUUAGAAACAAUGUUAUUUUUGGGCCCAUGCCCCACACCCCCAAGGGUGUCUGCUAGCCCCAGGGUGCUGGGGGACAGAGGCCAGGGCUGGGCUCAUCCAGGGCACCCUCGCUAGGCCUGCCCACCCACCCUGGAUUAGCUCCCCUUCAUACACUCCAGGCCCAGUGAGGAGCUCCUAAGGGAGCAUGAUGUGGCCUUCUUCCCUCAGGUGGGUGUCUGGGCCUGACCACUAGCCUCAUUUGGUGCCCGGAGGUCACACCUUUUGUCCUUCUGUGCUGGUCCCAGAGCAAUCUGCAUGAGGGAGGCUGUGCUCAUCUGAGAGUGAACAGCAUGGUGCCUGACCAAAGCCAAAGGGCAGGUGUAGGUGUGGCAGAGAUGGCAGUGGAGCUGAAAAUGCCUUAAACUGCAGCAUCCAUCCCACCACUCCCUGCCCUCCAUGCAAACCAUGCAAGGCCGUCUAAGGCUGGUGGGGUGGCAGCCUGGCUCCCCUGAUGGGGAGGGGGAGGCAGGAGGGAGCCGCAUGGGGUCUUGUUACUAACUCCAGUAUGUGUUCGUCAAAUGCCAUGAAAUAAAGACUGUAAACAAA